AUCCCCCAACUACUGUAUUCAUUAUUGCUAUUGGUGAUAUUUGUUCAGUUGAUCAUAUUGAAACCGACUGGAAAGUGGAUGCAAACAACAUCACUGAAUACAACAAGUACGAGUCUCUAAGAACUUCGGCCUUGUCGAUUUCUGCACAGUUCGACAAUUGAAACAACCAAUAUUAUGAAAUUAGCUGGUCUCAUCCUUUUGUGCUGCCUUCUUAUGCAGGGUGGACACGGAUACAACAUUAUCCGAAAGAAUACCGUUCCAACAACGAAGGAUACCGCUUCUUCAGAGAAGGACACCGCAUCAGCGACCUCGCGCCGGAAUCUUCUCCGGUCAGCUGCGGCCCUCUCCGCGGGAGCCCUACUAGGGAUUGCCAAUGCCGAAAUCGCCGUUGCUGAUGAUGACGUCGACACACCGCUUUAUUUCGGAGUCGGUGUAAGUUCAGGUCUCUGUACGCUUUGACAGUAUGAUGAUUAUUCUUUACACGCUUGAAGUGGUAUCGUCUCAUAGUUCCCUCCUCUUUUCUUAACCUCUAUUUUGUUGAAUYRAAUAUUGGAAAAUGCUCGUCGUCAACUGCGGCAACAACAGUGCUUUUGGCAUAUUCAACACGAAUUUGUUGUGCAAGGAGAAAAAGGAAUUUUGGGCAGAGGACCGCAUCAAUUUACUUCUGCUGCAGGGUACGCUGGAGGGAAAUCUACCGACAAGGAGGGACGUGUCUGUUACCAUAACUUUUCGGGAGUUGCGGACUAUGGAAAGCUAGGGCAUGGAGAAGUGGUUGGAAUGAACAUACCGCAAAGCAAAAUCGGCGAUUUUUCGGAGCUAUACUUUUCUUUGUACAACCCCAAAACAAAAGGUAUGUAGRCCUUCAGUUUAGAGAGUUAYUGCUUUGUGUCCGCUUCAAUUUUCGUGCCGCUCAUCCAACGAUUAUCGGGUUUUGUAUCAAAACGAAAUGCAUUUUCGUGAUAAUCAAUAAUAGAUCGUGUGGAUCCCAUGGACCGUGGAGCAGAAUACCGAAGUUUGAUCGGUCUUCCGGGAGGCAUGAAGCACACAAGCUACCCCUUGGUGGAAUCUGCCGCAGAAAAAGCUGGAUUCAAAUUGGUAGAAGGCAAGGGCAACGAUCCCGAUACACUUGGCAAACAGAUCGUAUACGUGUACGACUCGACCAAGUUUCCCUUUUACCAAGGAGAGGUCUAUCACCAGUACCACAACGACUUCCAGAGCCCUGCGUAUGGAAAGGAAUAUAAUAACUUGGUAGAAGUAGCGCUCGAAGACGGGAGGAUCAAAGGAACUGGGUGCCCUGACCGAUGGUGAGGUUUUGUGUCGGAAUUAUCGAUACAGAUUGCACUCAAUGGUGGAUCCCAAGAUGAGUUUUAUGGUAAUAUCAUUUUAUGAAGACGUAAAAUGAAAACACAUGAAAGAGUUAGGAUUUACAAGAAAACAAAUUAUUUCACCCUCUGUAAGAAUAUUUGAGCAAAAACGUUUUUCAAACAAUUAUUGUAUCAGUACAAGAAGRAGAACCUCUUGCGCAACUUUACCAAUAUUGUGAAACUAGUAGAUUAAAUGCAGAGAGUGAAG